UGUGUUACGUCCUACGUUAACUCUCAUGCACCGCCUUUCCUCUGUUUUAUUCUUCUUCUAAUUUCGAACGGGAGAGUCAGAGAAGGGGGGUUUAAAGAUAUUGACCGGAGAGACGCCGGACAAUGACGACGUACGGCACGAUUCCGACGUCAUCGCCGUCGAAGCUGGAGUAUAUCUCGCGAGCGAAGGAGCGGCUGAAGUCGGGACUGGGCGCGAGGCGGCCAUGGAAGGAGAUGUACAACUCGAUCGGAUUUCCGGCGAGCUUCGGCGACGCAAUCAGACGGAUCAGGAAGAACCUCGCCUACUUCCGGACGAACUACGCAAUCGUGGUGCUGCUGAUCGUGUUCCUCAGCCUGCUAUGGCACCCGAUCUCGCUCAUCGUAUUCGUCGUCAUGAUGGCCGUCUGGCUCUUCCUCUACUUCCUCCGCGACGAGCCGCUCGUGAUCUUCGGCCGCACCGUCGACGACCGCGUCAUCCUCGUCGUGCUGUCCGUCCUCACGAUCGUCUUCCUCCUGCUCACCAACGCGACCACGAACAUACUCGUCUCGCUGGCCAUCGGAGUUUGUAUCGUGCUGAUUCACGCCGCCUUGAGAAAGACCGAUGACUUGCCCGUCGACGAAGAGUCCGGCGCUACGGCAGCUCUCUACCCGGGCGGCGCAUCGCCAUCGUCUUAGCUUCUCGUGCUCUGCCGCUGCUUCACCACAUCUAGGUUUUCCUCAAUAACUCCUCGUUCUAUUUGUUGAUUCUGUACUAUUAUUGCUCUCUCCUUUUUUCACUUUUCCUUUUCAUCAUCGUGCAAGUGUGCUGUGCUUCAUGAACUCAUCAUUUGUGCCAGUGUGGUCUAUAAUUCUGUAGAAAAAACCUCAAAAUUCGUCCUCGAAAUCUCUCUCUCCAUUGAUUGCCAAAUCUAAUCUUUCUGUGUUUUUGCAA